AUGGAUCCUUUUUCUGUAGCAGGCACUUCCAUCGCCUUGGCUGGCACCAUCACCACGCUAACCACGAGCCUCAUAGCAUUCAUACGGGACGUUCGUGAUGCCCGUGGUGACGUUGAAGAGAUAUCGCUCGAGCUGCAUUCUCUGAAGAUGAUACUCGAACUCCUCGCCAAUGACUCAACUGUCCUCUUGCCCCUAAUUAUCGAAACACAACUCGACUCCGUGCUGUCAAACUGCACUCGUCUGGUCGGAGACAUCAGCCAGUGCAUUCAACAACAUCAGGGCUCGCGGCUUCAGAAGGGACUCAGAUGGGUAGCGAUUGGGAGAGGCGACAUGGCCAAUCUGAGGUCAACCCUAGAAGCUCAUAAAACAACCUUGAAUCUCCUGCUAGAAAAGGUCAACCAGACAAAAUUACAAGAGGUCGAUUGUACCACCCUGGAGAUCAAGACUCGCACAGAGGCGCUAUUCCAACAUACCAAGGCUAUCAAAACCGAUACAUCCAGGAUCCUUGAAGUUGUUGAAUCCCUUGCCAGAUUGUAUGCCAACACGCUCAUGAGUGUUGCACAAACCCCUCCAGCAUGUAUGCUAGAGAGAUAUCUCGACGAAUCAACCACCUACGCCAAGUCGGGCAUCGGAGAGUCGACAACGGAGAUCACGGCCGAGGAUCACAAAGUAUCAAAUUCCUUUCGACCACGGCCGUGUGGUGGACCUGACGCAAUGCAAUGUUGA